GGAUACUACACUAGAAUACACGAAGAAGAACCAUAUCCGGAAGCAAGACCGGAAGUGUGUACGGGUUUGGCUCUCCAGCGGGAAAAAAGGUGACGUUUCAUGAAGAAUGGCGUCCAACAUUUCACCUGUUCUCUUCAUGACUGUGGAGGGUGAACCCAUGAAUUUCUAUGUGCGACCAGGACCAGUCAAAAGGGAACUCCAGCCUCUCAUCAAAGCUGGGGGAGGAAUGACGUGCAAUGUCCAGAAGCCGGGAUGCAUUUUGCUGAUAGACUCUGAGGAAAAAGGCACCUUUAGUGAGAAUACGGCUCACUGGUACGUGUCCGUCCAGUACAUCCACGAUUGUGUGAAGAAAGCCGAGCAGCUGAACAUCGAGGACUACAGACUAAAUCCUGAAAAUGUCCUGCAACGCUCUGCUUCAAGAUCCAAUCAGGUCAGGAGGUCUCCUGCAACUACUGUAGGCAGGCAGGCGUACACCCCCGACGACGACGCUGCCAUUCUGAGCUACAUCAGCCAGCGAAAGUCAGAAAUUAAAGGGAACCGCCUUUGGCAGCAGAUGGAAAAGGAGCACGUGACCAGUCACCCUUGGCAGUCAAUGAAGGCCCAUUAUCGAAGUCACCUGGUUCAGAAGCAAUCAGAAACUGAAGGGGUGGAAACACCUGGAGAAGACACCAAGGAAGAUGACAAAGCCGAAGUGACUGAACAUCCUCCUUGUGAAGUAGAUGAUGAACCCCCUCUUCCUCAAACACAGACUGAGCCAGAACACCUUAUGCAGACUCUCUCAAGUGAGGAUCUCACACAGAUUGAGGACAUACUCAUUGAAAAUGGACCACAAGAUGCCGAAGAAGCUCUCCAGAAAGAGGAGAUCUUGAACCCACUAGCAGACCAAAACAAGGAAGCGGCCACUGCAGAACACAAAACAGGCGACACCUUGCAGACCGAGGAGAUCAUUGUGCCUGAAACAGACCAGCCACAAGCACUGCCGCAAACUGGAAAAGCUCCGGAAGACAGAGAACCAGGCCAGUUAGAGCCUCAAAGCUACCCCCGCUUUCCAGCCAAUCCGACAGGCACAGAUGAAGAAGACGAACAGGUGGUCCAGCCUGUGCGCAAAUCACGUUGCAGAAGGUUGGAGCUGGAGGAUGAACCGUACAGCAAAAAGCUCCGAUCAGCAUCAUCAGCAUCAUCAGCUGCAGUCAGGCCACAGCCAUCCUCCCCUCAGACGCCCCGGAGGAUCAGGUCUGCCACAUCCACUCCAACGAAAGACACAGUGGAGGAGCCUCCUUCUAAGAGAGCAAAAGGAGAGCGUGCAGAAGCAGAAUCAGCAGGACUAGAGAGUCAAGAAGAAGAGGAAGAACGGCUCGCUACCGCAGGACCAUCACAUGUCUCCAAUGAGUGUGAAUCAGAGCCAGGGAGGACAAAAGUGAAGACGCUGGGGACUCUUGCAAUGGCGGCAAGGGAGUUUGAGUCCAGUGACAUCGAGUCUGAUGAGGAGCUUUUCCACACGCCCAGUGAAACUUCUUCUUUACCGACCGUCAGCUCUGUGAGCACAGCUGUAGACGGGUUUCCGGCCCAGCCCGACCCAGAUCCUUCUGAGCAAGGACCCAGCACUCAGGGGAACACUCGAGAAGCCCAGCCUGCUUUGGAGCUGAGCCGAGUCGAGGCCGCCAAAGAUCACCCCUUUAACUUUGAAGAUGAGUCUCAGGAAGAGUACGAGGCUCAGCACGACCUGAUCGAGGAAGAGGCGCUGUCCUUCAGUCAGGCCCAGUUAGAGGAGGACAAGCAGCGUAUCGGAGAGCUGAUGAAGCAUACAAACCAGGACUUGGUGUCUGUCACCAAAGCUUUGCUGAAGACCAGCGGCGACUUCUCUGCGGCCUCCCGUCUGCUUUUGGACCCCUCAUCCGUCUCCGGACCGUUUUGGGAUCGCUGUGACGACCGCCUCCUGCUCUCAGCAGACCCCACCGCCCGUCGGAAGCUGCAGAAAAAGCACGGCGAGGCCAGCUUGGCCAAACGGGUGGUGUUUCUCGAGUUAGAGCGUUGAAAAUGUGUGGACGUGCCGCCCGUUUGUUCCUUUAUAGGUAGGUGCUUUUUAAGCUGUUGUUGCUCCUUUGUAGGUAGGUGCUUUUUAAGCCGCUGUUGCUCCUUUAUAGGUAGGUGCUUUUAUCACUGAAUGUGUUUUAACGUUAACUAGUUAAUAAUUUCAAACUGUUGAGCAAUGUGAAUGCUGAGAGAUGCCAAAUAAAAAGACAAAAGGACUAAAAAACUGGUUGAUGCAUCACAUGUCCUAGCAAUCCCUAGCCACUGUAAAUACUGUGUACCUUCUUGGGGUUGUCUGCUUUUUUUUGUCCAUGAUUUUAAAAGUCCAUCAUUAUGGAAUUGAUGUAUCUUUGAGGGAGGGGAAAAAAAUGUAGCAGCCUUUUUAACGCUCUCAGUAUUCACACAAUAAGAUUGAGAGAAGGGAUGUUUUUAAUCCACUGUUUAAUAUCUCAGGUUACCCUGACAUUGAGUACAUUCAUUAUUUUUGCCCCAGACCCACAUGAAUACAUUGCAUGAAUACGUCAACACAUUUGACAAACAAAUAAGCCAAAAUAAAAGCAGAAAAUGAAAAAAAUGGAUGGAACCUGUUUUGCCAAAAGAACAAAGCUGAGCCCACACAAGGUCAUUAAUGUUUUUUUACCCCCCUCAUCAUAGAGGUAUUUAAGAACAAGCAACGUGUGCAGCGACACUGCACCGCAACAAUCGUCAGUUGCUGCACUCAUUUUAAAAAUUUUAGUAUAAAAAACAGUUUUUUAGUAAGAAACAUUCACACAUCCUUACAGAGGUUGCAGAAGCUGUUUAGUCAGUACAUAUAGUAUAUAUCCCUGCAUUUCAAUAUUUAAAAUAGCACAGCUUUUAUGUGGAAAAAAAUGAACAAUUUUUAUUUAAAAAAAUGUACCAAGCAGGCUGGUUUUAAUUUAACAUCAAAAUAAAAUGUAUAACAUGUACUUGUACAUGCAUACGUUGACAUAUACAAUAUGUAUAUGAUGUAUAGGUACUGUGAGCGGUAUUCACUCUCGUCUGACAUAACCCACAGUAAUUAGUCAUGGCAAGAUAAAAAACAAAACAAAUCUAUGAUUAAUAUCAACACUGGUUUCACUUUAAAAAAAAAGGCUUUCUUGCUCAUAUAAACAUGCUGAAAUGAACAUUCUACUUAACAGAAAGCACUGACAAACAAAACAGUGACGUCUCUAUUAACAAAAAGGCCUCUGGGGUAUGCGAUCACAUGUUUGCAGCCCUAAAUGAACAAAUGAAGCCAGGGAAAUAGAAUGAUAUGCAUUAAAAAAAAGCCUGCAUAACACAAAGACAGUUUGGAUGGAAGACCUCAAAAUAUGUCCUUUGGUUUUUUUUCUUUGUUUGGCUUUGAUCGUAUUCUGGAUUUGUUUAAUGUAUAAUGUUUUCUUCAUUUAUCAGUGUGCUGCACAAAGCGUGCGAGGCAAAUGAUGCACAGCCUGUUUCUGCUUCUGGAAUAAGGCAAAUUCUCAAGAAUGGGGGGGAAAAAGCUAAUUAUACAUGCUGUAGAAAAAACACCUGCUUUGGUUAAAAGGCUAACUAUUGGUUUAAGGAGAAAACAACAAAGAAGACAAGCUAGUCGAUAUGCACAAGGCCGGCUACUUUGCAUAGAACUUCAGUAGUGCACUGACUCAUUAAAAAAAAAACGGUUGUCUGCUCUUUUCCUCUUUGCUCCUUCAGCAUGGAUGGAGCGUUUCCUUGGAAACCAACCUGGCAACAUUUGUCUUGACCCUUCAACGUCCAAAAAUCCCCUCUUUACUGUAUACACCAACCAAUAUCUGCAUAUCUCUGUGGGUCACUACACCAUUUGGCCCCAAUGCAAGUGGACCCCAACAGCGAAAUAUUUGGAUCCUCCCCAAAAGGUAAUGCAAAGCUCCCUCUGACCAGGGGUGUCCAAAGUGCAAGCAUUUGUGUAAAUACAAUUACUAAAAAAACAAACCAACAGCAAAAAUAGGGGGAAAAAAAGCAAGGAUUCAUAAUCCAUCCAUCCAUCUUCUCCCGCUCAUCUGAGAUUGGCUUGCAGGGGUAGCAGCCUAAGCAGGGAGGCCCAAACUUCUCUCUCCCCGGCCACUUUGUCAAGCUCCUCCCGGUGGAUCCCGAUGCGUUCCCAGGCCAGUUGGGAGACAUAGUCUCUCCAACGUGUCCUGGGUCUUCACCGAGGCCUUCUACCGGUCGGACUUGCCCUGAACACCUCCCCAGGGAGGCGUCCCGGAGGCAUCCUGAACAGACACCCAAGCCACCUCAUCUGGCUCCUCUCAAUGCGGGGGACUAAUGGUUCUACUCCGAGUCUCUCCCGGAUGACGGUGCUUCUCACCUUAUCUCUAAGGGAGAGCCCAGUCACCCUACGGAGAAAACUCAUUUCGGCCGCUUGUACCCGCGAUCUUGUCCUUUCGGUCACUACCCAAAGCUUCUGACCAUAGAUGAGGGUAAGAAUGUAGAUCGACCGGUAAAUUGAGAGCUUUGCCUUUCGGCUCGGCUCUCUCUUCACCACAACGGACCGAUGUAGAGUCCGCAUCAAGAUGCAUAAUACAAGAUGUUGAAAUGUUGAUGCUAAUAACAAAAACAGCCUGCAUGUCAGGCUGUUUUUUUUUCCUUAAACGACUAUCUGAUUGGUUUUAACCAAUUUGACUAAAAUAUAAUAUUUUUUGUAUCUUUUGAUUUUGCAGUAUGCGGCCCUCUGUAGAAAAUGUUUGUACACCCCUUCUCUACACAGAUGCCGAUUUUACACAAGUGUCCUGCCAAAUGGCCACGUCAAAGUCCUAACAAUAGGUUCGGGACUUAUCCACCAGCAAUUUCCUUAACCGUGUGGUUUCACACAGCGACACCUGCAAUCAGAUAAUGAGAUUACAUCAGUGCCAGCUGCCGUUGUUAUCCAACACAACGGGGCAGGAGAAGUGUGAAGCCUCAUACCCCUGACUUGGCUUCACGGCAAUCCUGCCUCUGUUACAGCUCAGAUACGACACUUCUCAAUAAAGGAGGAAUAUUUGCAAGCCCUCCAUUUCUUGUUCAUGCCGUUUAUACAGAACAGCGAGUAGAGUACAUCGUUUUCACGUCAAAUGUGACGUAUACUGUAGCUCUUGGAAUACCCAGCGAGGAAGACGAGAGGAAAAGAGCACCCCUUUCUUUUUAAUGAACCCCCAUCACAACCACCAACGCUGUCUAAAAAGCACCAAUUUUGUGAGCCCGCCCCAGUGAGCAAAGACCACCAUAAUUUUCAAGCAAAGCAGUCAUCAACUAACGGGGACUUCGGCGUCUGCGUCCUUGUCCGAAAUCUCGUCCUGGAUCUCAUCGGUGUUCCCUGAGUCGCUGCUGGCCACCGAGCUGAACGACGGCGAACUCCUGCCUCCUUUAAUCAUGCGCCGGCACGUCUCCAUCUGCACAUCCAGGCCUCUCUUCAUGCUGCACAUCUCCAUGUACUCAUGCAGGUGUCUGUUCAUGUCACUCUUGGCCGUGGCCAGCUCCAUCUGCCAGAAAGAAAAUACAUUAGUCAAGGAUAGGGGAGCCAUUUAAAUCGUUUCAGUCAUUAUAAUCAUCCAUCCAUCCAUUUUCUAUGCCACUUAUCCUAAUUAGGGUCAUAGUUUCUGACUUCGGGCGAGAGGUGGGGUACACCCUGGACUGGUCGCCAGCCAAUCGCAGGGCACAUAUAGACAAACAAUCAUUCACAGUCACAUUCAUACCUAUGAACAAUUUAGAGUCUCCAAUUAACCUAACAUGCAUGUUUUUGGAAUGUGGGAGGAAACCGGAGUACCCGGAGAAAACCCACACACGCACGGGGAGAACAUGCAAACUCCACACAGAGAUGCCCAGCGGAGAUUCGAAUGCAGAUCUUACCGAUCUCCAGAUUGUGUGGCCUGUGUGACUGUGUACUAACCACUCAUCCACCGUGCGGCCUCAUCAUACUCAUCAUAAUCAUUUGUCAGUUAAUUGCUAAAAUAUUUUGUAUUUUGAAUGGUGGCCUUGGCAUUCACAUUAGCUAGGCAAUUGAUUUGUGGAUUAUAGAAUUUUAAUAGCAGUUGUACAUGUUUUACAGUGGCGCCUUCAUGCGUCAAAUGCCAAUUAGAUCAAAGCACAUGUGUAGUUUGUUCAGGGGGGUUACUUUUCUCUGUCUCAGAUGAUUUAUCCCAAUUUUUUGUUUAUAUGUUUUUUUAGCUUCAUGUUUGCAUCAGCUUGGCAGUUGAUAUGUUGAAGAUUUUUAAUAAUAAUAAUUACAAUACAUUACAUACAGGAAAGAUUUUAUCCAAAUCUCAUUUGUUGGAUAUUUUUAGGCCUUGCAUCCAUAAUAGCAAGUUGAUUGAUUUUUUUUUUAGGCCUUUUGUGUUUAGUAAUAGCAAUACCGCAAAUUCCGGUGUGUAAGCCGCUACUUUGUUCUUAAAGUUUGAACUCUACGGCUUAUUAUAACUAUUAGGUUUGAAAACACCCCGUGUUCUAACGUUGAUGAUCUGUUGAACUCUUAUACACAUACAAGUGUUGUAAAUGUUUUGGAUACCAUUGCUCCUGUCAGGGUUAGAAUGGUUAAAAGUAAGCAAAAGGCGCCAUUGAGAAAAGAAGAGUCUGUCACGGCACAGAAAAGGGAGUGGCGGACGGAAAUGGAGCAGGUCAAAGCUCCAGGUUCAUUAUGAGGUUUAAAAAGAAAAACUACGUGUUUUCAACCAAGCCUUGCGUAGAACAAUGGAGAGUUAUUUUUUGAAAUCAUCACCAACUGUAGUAACAACUCUCGUGUACUGUUUGCUCCAGUUAACAGAUUAACAAACCCUCCAGUUUCACUGCCCGUACAACUCAUUUCUACAUCUAAGUGCAAUGAGUUUGCAACAUUCUUUCAUGACAAAGUUCAAGGCAUACAAAAUUAAAUCAUUUCCACAACACAAAUAACUACGUACAGUAUUCUGCAGCCAGCUGUUUGCUCAGACGAAAUGCAUUAUAGGAAAAUGUUUUUUUUUUCAUUUUAAACUCACACUGGUACAUGUUUGUAUAUUUCCGAGGUACACCUUUUGAGUGGUAAGUUGCAGUGUGAUUAGUUUGGUGUUCUUCAUUAAAUGACACCAUGAGUCAGAUUGUUGUACAGUUAUAUAUACUGACCUUCUGUAGUUUCCAAUGGGUUGACAGGCUUGUUGUGAGAGUGAUUUGCCAUUUUAUGACGUGGACAUGUGCGUCUUAUAUAUGUACAAAUCUCGGUUUUCCUCUAAAUGUAGUGCACCGGAAUUAAAGGUAUUUGUGGAAUCAAUAUCUGAAGAAUUUUAAUAAUACUAAUAAAAACAAAUUAAAAUAAUGAUGCAAUUUAUUUAUACAAUGCUUCCCAAAUAGUCAAAUGACCUUCCAGUCUUAUUUACUAGGCAAUUACUCAAUGACUAUAUAAAUUGAUAAGGUAUUUUUUUAAUAUAUAUACAGUGGACCCCCGGUUAACGUAAAAAAUUUACGCCAUUAUUUUGCCUCGGUUUGAGUACAUUUUCCAGUUAGUGUACAAUAUGCCGUGUGUCUUAUGUUAUUAAUAAACUGCAUGAAUCCAACUGUUCGUAAUGUACUUUUAUCACAAAACGCCGUUGUUAGCAUCCUAUUAGCUUGCCACUACAUGGAAACAGGAACACACAGCUGUGUCGCCCGUCCAUGAUGCCAUCAGUGGUUGACUCUCAAAAAUGUUAACACUGAACACGUUUUUAUAGUUUUACAAUUACAGUUU